AUGAGAAUCAGGCAAAUAAAGCCAGAAGAUCGAAAAAGGAGAUCUGCUAUGAAGUCUCAAGAGGGUCGGCAGUGGAACAAUCGAUGGGCCUACCCUGACGAUGACAAGGAAAGAGAAAUAUUAGAUAUGUGGAAUACAUGUGACGACCCUUUAAAUUCUAUUCAAGAUCUAUCAUCCACGGAUAUGGCAGAAAUUCCUUUUAAUUUGGAUGAUUACAUUAAACAUUUUAAUGGUCAAAAACCCGAUGUCAAAGGGAAAUCUACCAAUGGAGUUUGCGAUUGGUUACGAUCUCUUUCUCUCAAUGAUUUACCGACUAAACCACCACAAAUGCCUUUGAAAUCUCCUGAUAAUGAUGAUAGUUCAAUGGCUCCGGAACAUCAGACAAAGCAUGUAGUAUACAGAUUGGUUUAUGAAAAAAGUGCUUAUGACGAGCAGAAUUAUAAAUGGGAAGUUAGUGAAGAAACAAGUAAAAAGGUUGACAAAAAGCCACCAAGAGUUAUGGCUGAGUCUGAAAUGUUAAUCAACUUUGAGGAAAGCAAAAAGGUUGACAAAAAGCCGUCAAGAGUUAUGGCUGAGUCUGAAAUGUUAAUCGACUUCGAGGAAAGCAAAAAAGUUGGCAAAAAACCGUCACAAGUUAUGAAUGAGUCUGCAAUGUUAAUUGACCUCGAGGAAAUGACCGAGUCUGUAAUGUUAAUUGAUCUCGAGGAAAAGAACGAACUUCCAAUGGCACCAACACAUAAAAUUUCUGAUGAUCUCAGAUCAUUGGACAUGGAUCAAUGGCAUAAAUUUUUUGCAAGACACUAA